AUGAACGUGAUCAAGCUGCAAAGAAAAUACCCCCAAUUCGAUCAGAAUGAGAUCUUCCAACUGUCGAAUGCUUUCCAGAACAUGGAUGUCGACGACAAGGGCUACAUAGACGAGGCCACCGUCAUCAAGGCCACGCAGAACUCGGAGCGCCAGCCCUACGAUGUUGUGCGACAGGCUCUCAAGGAGGUUGAGCUGGACAGCUCGCGACGAGUCGAGUUGGACGACUAUGUUGAUUUGAUCUCGAAGCUCCGCACACCGUCGCAGGCUCAGAAGAGCAUGGCCACCGGGCCCACUCGUUCGCGCGGCCUCAGCAACGCCCAACUACAAGGCCAGCAACCCUCGCCUGGCCACGCCUCCAAGGGCAGCGUCGGCGGCGGCCAGAGUACCGGAGGCGGCCGUAUCCACGUCGGAGGUGCCACGUCUAGUUCGCAACACACCAUCAACGAGGAUGAGCGCGAGGAGUUCACCCGUCACAUCAACGCCGUCCUCGCCGGAGACGCCGACAUUGGCAACAAGCUGCCCUUCCCCACCGAUACCUUUGAGAUGUUCGACGAGUGCAAGGACGGUCUGGUACUGGCCAAGCUCAUCAACGACAGUGUGCCCGACACAAUCGAUGAGCGUGUGCUGAACAGACCCGGCAAGAAGAUCAAGACUCUCAACGCUUUCCACAUGACCGAGAACAACAACAUCGUCAUUGAGUCGGCAAAGGGUAUUGGCUGUUCGGUCGUCAACAUUGGCUCUGGUGAUAUCAUUGAGGUCAAGGAGCACUUGAUUCUUGGUCUGAUCUGGCAGAUUAUCCGCAGAGGUCUGCUCGGCAAGAUUGACAUUAGACUCCACCCCGAGUUGUACAGACUGCUGGAAGACGACGAGACUCUGGAGCAGUUCCUGCGUCUCCCUGCCGAGCAGAUUCUGUUGCGCUGGUUCAACUACCACUUGAAGAACGCCAAGUGGCACAGAACCGUGUCAAACUUCUCGAGCGACGUCAAGGAUGGCGAAAACUACACGGUCCUUCUCAACCAGCUCAAGCCCGAGAUCUGCUCCCGCUCGCCACUCCAGACCAACGACCUCAUGCAACGCGCCGAACAAGUCCUUGACAACGCCGACAAGCUCGACUGCCGCAAAUUCCUGACCCCCAAGUCGCUGGUCGCCGGUAACCCCAAACUCAACCUUGCUUUCGUCGCAAACUUGUUCAACACCCACCCUGGUCUCGAGCCCAUCACCGAGGAAGAGAAGGCUGAUAUUGAGGACUUUGAUGCCGAGGGCGAGCGUGAGGCCCGUGUCUUUACUCUUUGGCUCAACAGUCUGGACGUCCAACCCACCGUUGUUUCCUUCUUCGACGAUCUCCGCGACGGUACCAUCCUUCUACAAGCUUACGACAAGGUCAUUCCCGGCUCUGUACAAUGGCGUCACGCCAACAAGCGUCCCGCCAAUGGCAACGAGCUCAUGCGCUUCAAGGCCGUCGAGAACACAAACUACGCUGUUGAGAUUGGCAAGCAAAACCGCUUCUCGCUCGUCGGUAUUCAAGGUGCAGAUAUCACCGAUGGUCAACGCACGCUGACCCUCGGUCUGGUCUGGCAACUCAUGCGCAAGGACAUUGUCAACACUCUUGGUGCCCUCGCCCAACGCAUGGGCAAGCGCGAGAUCAGCGACGCCGACAUGGUCGCAUGGGCCAACGGCAUGUCCAAGAAGGGCGGCAAGUCGUCUGCCAUCCGCAGUUUCAAGGACAGCACCCUCGGCAAUGGCAUUUUCCUGCUUGACGUCCUUAAUGGUAUGAAGAGCAGCUAUGUUGACUAUGACAUGGUUGCCUCUGGCCGCAACGACGACGAAGCAUAUGCCAAUGCCAAGCUUGCCAUUUCCAUUGCCAGAAAGAUGGGGGCUACUAUCUGGCUUGUGCCAGAGGAUAUUUGCAAUGUGCGCAGCAGACUUAUUGUUACCUUCAUUGGCAGUCUUAUGGCCACAGCUGAGAAGAUGGGGGUGUAA